AUGGGAAAUCCUAUGCGGGAACUAAUGCUUAUGAUAGUUCUGUUGCUUUCAAUUCUUCAAAAAGUGAUCACACAAGUAACAUUAAUAGAUCCCCCAGGAAGAUCUACAUUAUGGCGCCAAGGAUUCAACUCUGCAGUAAAUCACCAUGACGACCAAUUAUUUUGUGGGGGAUACAGGAAUUUUGUGAGAAAUGGCGGUAAAUGUGGUGUCUGCGGAGAUCCGUACCAAGGCCCGCUUGAAAACGAGGCUGGAGGUAAAUACGCUAUCGGCAUCAUCUCAAAACAUUAUGACGGCACUGCUAAAUAUAUAAACGUCACUAUUGAACAAACAGUGUUCAAGAAAGGAUAUUAUGAAUUCCGUAUUUGUCCUAACAAUGAUGUGAAUAACCGAGUGAAACAGGAAUGCUUGGACCAAUAUUUACUCCAGAUCUAUUCUAUGGAAUACUUUCCCUUUGACGAUGGAAAACCUACCGACAGUUUCUCAUUAAUUCCCGGGAAUACCCAGUAUUUUCCGGAAGGUCGAGGAAUACACAACCUGAGACUUGGGAUUCCAGAUAAAUUGACCUGUACUCAGUGUGUGUUGCAAUGGAAAUACAUAACAGGUAAGGGUCAAGGUCAAGGUCAAAACAGUAAAGGUAAGUAA